AGAUUGUCUCCGAAGGAUGACACUUUGUCUUACACCAAAAAUUAUACUCACACAAUAAUUUGCUUUGUCCAUGGUACUGUACUCUAUAUUCAGGACAUGAUGCUGAAGCCUCAUGGUUUGAAAUUGGAAACAACUUGAUAUGGAUGAAGCCUUAAGCAAACUAUACUCCUUCUUCUAUAAAUAUGGCUUCAUGAUUCACAUAGCUAGCUAUCACUUCCCCCUCCACUCUGCCACUCUACCUUAAGCAGCUACAAAACCAACCCUUUUUUCACCUUUCUACUUCAAAACUCUCCAUGCAAGUCACGUCCUCACACAGCUCCAUGAAAGCAGAGCUAAAGCCACCAACCUCCAUCUCCUUCCAAAACCCCACCACCACCCCUCUCUUCAACACACCCCACAGUACUAGUACACCCCUCUCAGGAGCACUCAAAGGCUGUCUCGGAAGCCUCGACGGCGCCUGCAUCGAGAAGCUCCUCCUCCACUGCGCCAGCGCCUUGGAGAGCAAUGACAUCACCUUGGCACAACAAGUCAUGUGGGUCCUCAACAACGUUGCUUCGCCCCACGGCGACACCAACCAGCGCCUCACCGCGUGGUUCCUCAGAGCACUAAUCUCCAGAGCUUCAAGAAUUUGCCCCUCCGCAAUGAGUUUCAAGGGAAGUAACAACAUUCCAAGGAGGUUGAUGACGGUGACCGAGCUAGCAGGGUAUGUGGAUCUUAUUCCAUGGCAUAGGUUCGGGUUUUGUGCAUCAAACAAUGAAAUUCUCAAAGCUGUUACAGGGUUUCAAAGGGUACAUGUUCUUGAUUUCAGCAUAACCCCUUGUAUGCAAUGGCCUACUUUUAUAGAUGCAUUAGCUAAAAGACCAGAAGGAUCUCCUUCACUUAGAAUCACAGUUCCAUCUUUUAGGCCACAAGUUCCUCCUUUAGUUAACAUUUCAAUACAUGAGGUUGGGUUGCGUUUAGGUAAUUUCGCCAAAUUCAGAGAUGUCCCUUUUGAAUUUCAUGUUAUAGGAGAUACAGAACAGUUGAGCAAUGAAUCAAACACCUUUCAUUUUGAGUCCUUGUUGAGUCUAUUGAAUCCUAGUGUGCUAAACCUUAGGGAAGAUGAAGCAUUGGUGAUCAAUUGCCAAAAUUGGCUGCGUUACUUGUCUGAUGAUGAUAGAAAUUCAAAUUCCCUUAGGGAUGCUUUUCUGAGUUUAAUUAAAGGUCUUAGCCCUCAAAUUGUGCUCUUGGUUGAUGAGGAUUGUGAUCUCAGCGCAUCGAGUCUCGCGUCGAGAAUCACCGCAUGUUUCAACCAUCUGUGGAUACCCUUUGAUGCACUAGAUACUUUUUUGCCUAAGGAUAGUUCUCAAAGGACAGAGUUUGAGUCUGACAUAGGACAGAAAAUUGAGAACAUCAUAGGCUUUGAAGGGCAUCAGAGAAUAGAGAGAUUGGAGUCCGGGGUGAUGAUGUCACAGAGAAUGAAGAAUGCAGGGUACUUCAGCGUUCCAUUUUGUGAUGAAACUGUUAAGGAAGUUAAGGGUUUGCUUGAUGAACAUGCUGGUGGAUGGGGGAUGAAGAGGGAUGAAGGUAUGUUGGUUCUCACGUGGAAGGGAAACAACUGUGUGUUUGUGACAGCUUGGGUCCCUAGUGGAAUGAGGGAUCAUGUUGGUAUGGAUGCAACUCUAUCUUAAGCCGAUGCGUUCUCUGUGUCCCCAUUUGGUGUCUCUUCUCUAUCUCAGUUUCGCCAAUCAAAUUAUAUCAUGUAGGCAUUAGUAUGAUAAUUAUAGCCUUACGUAGAUGACUUUUAAAUGACUUGACACAAUUUGACUAGUGAGACGGGGAAUGAGACGCUAGAUGAGGACAGUGGAGGCAAGUUUGGACCUACCAUGGAAGAGGGGCUGCACUGCCUAUUGCUUCAAUGAUCCAGGAAGAGACAGAGGAUAUUUCACCACUUUGUGGAAUGGGGCAGUAUUUUUUUUAUCUGCAAAAGACAAGAAGAAAAAAACGGCUGCAUUUGGAGACCUAUUUUCAUUGCACUACAAAUUGGUAAUUAAUGAAUAUAGCUCUAUAUAUACAUUGAUUCACAUGAAAGGCAAAAAGGAAACAAUCAUGUGUACAUUGUCCUUGUAUGAGAGACAAAGUUAUUGUCUCUUAGCAAUGUUUUUCCCUUUCUUUUGCAGCUUUAAUUUGUAUCUGCUCAGACCUUGAGCUUUGGGUACAAAAAAAUUCUCUUUCAAUUACCCAGUUCAUAUAAUAAAACUUUGUUUAGCAACUUUGAGGUCAACUCAAAA